AUAAACAUUUAGCUGUCAAAAUUCUAAUCGUUCCACUAGUUCUGGUGGAAAAAAGUUGUUGAAAAUUUAAUAUUCUGUUGAAACGAUGGAGGUCGACAGCAAGAAGUCGUCGGAUGUGGUCACGAAGCUACCUCAGAAGCGCUUCUACCGGCAACGUGCUCAUUCCAAUCCGAUUGCGGACCAUAGCUUCCAGUAUCCAGCCCAUCCGGAUGAGUACGAAUGGAGUCAGCAUUAUCCGGAUAUUGGAGAUAGGCGGGUGGCAUUUGCGGACAUUGGCUGUGGGUACGGCGGCUUUUUGGUGACGCUGGGUGAAAUUUAUCCGGACAAGUUCGCCGUUGGGAUGGAGAUUCGGGUGAAGGUUUCGGACUACGUGAUGGAUCGGAUUGAUGCACUGCGAAAGUUGCACGAGGGCCAGUACCGGAACGUGGCCUGCAUUCGGACCAACGCGAUGAAGUACUUGACUAAUUUCUUCCAUAAGGCCCAGCUGGAGAAGAUGUUCUUCCUGUAUCCGGAUCCGCACUUCAAGAAGGCCAAGCACAAGUGGCGAAUCAUCAAUUCGGCGCUGCUCAGCGAGUACAGCUACGUGCUGCGGAAGGGAGGACUUAUCUACACCGUGACGGACGUGCGGGAUUUGCACGAGUGGAUGUGCAAGCACAUCGAGCAGCAUCCGGCGUUCGAGCGGCUGAGCGAGGCCGAGGUGGAGGCGGACAUUUUGUCCGAGAAGUUGCUCGAUAGCAGCGAAGAGGGGAAGAAGGUGACCCGAAACAAGGGCGACAAGUUUGUGGCGAUCUUCCGGCGGGUUUGAAUAAAAGCGAAUGGUUUUUGUCGAUUAUUGUA